CGGAAUAUCAGUUGAGUCGGACUAGAUAGCCACGCAAUAUCAUCUAAGUGAAUCCUUACGCGAGCGUUGAAUCCAGCCUUCUUGUCAUGAAUAAAUACUUCUGAAUAAUGCUGCGCAUGGGCAAUGUUAUGCUUGAUACUGCGACGGCGAUGGAAUGAUGUUUCAUUGAUUGAUUUAACUGGCGGCGCUUACCCACCCGGGACAACAGUUAUGUGUGUUUUAAUGUUCGCGACAACAUGCUCUCUCGCCUUAUAAGUGAUCCGCGUGACUCGCUCGAAUCCAGCUGCUGAUAAUGAUGAUAGAUGUAGACACAUCAACGAAUCUACCGAACUGAGGGAUUGCUCAAAGCAUGAACGUAUCCAUACAGCAAAAAGACAUGGAUUAAAUAUUGCAGAUUCUGUACGCCGAUAUCUCUUUUAAUAUCGCACGCCCUAAGUAGACAAGCGUGCCAGUAUUUCAUGGGAUAAACGUGCAAGUGUGCCAGUAUUCCACAUACCAAAAAUAUUAUUAUUUUUUUUUUUCUUUUUCUUUAUGGCACAAAAUGUGAUAAAAAUUUCGCUAACUUCGCGAAGAUGCAGUUUCCUUGAGAUUUUAGCAUCAAGAGUGUUAGUGAUUUCGGUGCUGUGUUGAGGAAGCUAUGGUCUCGACCGAGCAGUAUCCAAUGGGUGAGGAAAACACCUAUCACUUCAGUGUGAACGAAUCUGGUACAGUGUUCGACUACAACAUCACCGUGGGUCAGCCGACCCUUGACGUGGCCAAGAAGAACCACACGGUGAUGGUGUCGUGCAUCAUGUUCGGGUCCGGUGUGUUCGGAAACCUUUUGGCGCUAACCGUUCUGGCGACGUCUGCUCCGGAACAGAGGAGGACGUUGUUCUACAAACUGGUCGCCGGCCUGGCCAUCUCAGACCUUCUCGGGACCGUGGCCACCUCGCCAGUUGUCAUAUCAGUGUACAUCAACAACUUCAAGUGGGUGGGAGGUUUACCACUGUGUCAUUAUUUUUCAUUCAUGAUGAUAUUCGCUAGCUUUACCACAAUGUUCAUUGUGUGUGCUAUGUCUGUGGAGAGAUUCAUAUGUGUUCGCCAUCCAUAUCUUUAUCACACCCGAUUGACUGCCACCUACGCCAAAAUUAGUCUCCUUGGAUCGUGGGCUAUAUCCUUGGUGAUGGCGUCCUUACCUUUAAUGGGUCUGGGCAAGAAUACGUUUCAGUAUCCAAGGACGUGGUGUUUCUUCGACUACACUAGCAGGGAGCCUUUGAAUAUGGUGUUUAAUAUUUUGUACGCUUCGAUAGCGAUGAUAACCAUUGUGGUGACAAUGUGCUGCAACCUAGUGGUGACGUACACUCUCCUUCGACUGAGGAGGAAGCAGGGUUUGCUGAACGCCUUGAAUGGCACGGCGUCUGGGAAGUACAAGAACAACAACAAGAGAUACGCCGAGCUGCAGAUGGUCGUUCUGCUCAUUGGGAUUACCAUCGUCUUCACGUGCUGUUAUUCCCCACUCAUGAUCUACGUGUUCCUGUGUCAGACGAGCCUGGUGACUCUGUUCAACACGGACAAGGCCAUGCUGCUGAUGGUUCGGUUCGCGUCCUUCAACCAGAUCCUCGAUCCCUGGGUCUACAUCCUCUUCAGACGUGAGCUGGUGUGGAAGGUGGUGCACGCGGUCAAAUUCCUAUUGCGCAUUGAAAACAGUCAGGACAACCUUGACCUUACUCGGGUCAAGAAGUUGGACGACGACUCAUGUUGUGCAUUCUGUUUGCACUGUCUCUGUGAGCCGCCCGCCAAGGGAGGCAACUUCUACGCGUCCCGACCAAGUAUGAGCUACACCCGGUCGCCGUCGUACAUACGGCGUCUGAGCGGGGAGAGCAUAUACGGCAACGGGAACGUUUCGUCCAAACUCAUCAUCAAACCUCCAUCCCCGCAAGACGCAUUUGUUUUGAAGAAUUUCACACCGGUCGAACAACCAAACACAUAAGCGUGCCAACUAAAUACGUGUAUAUAUGGAGUGCGAACUCGAAUUGCCAACUAGAUAUAUGUGGAGUGCGAACUCGAAAUGCCAACUAAAUAUAUAUGGAGUGCGAACUCAAAAUAUAAGAGUGCCAACACAGAAUACAGAGUGCAGACUGGACACAUAUCUUAAAACUGAUUUAAAUAUCAGAGCCUUUUUAUUUAAUUAAAAAGCUCAUUGGUGAUAUGCAUUUAUGAUUUAAGAAAAUAUACAUUUAUUUGAAAAUUUAAUCGGACGUUGAAAUUGUUGUGUGCGUCCCUCUCUCCAUAUAUGCGUGUGCGCGCGUUUGUCUUAAUGAGAACGAAAAUGUUAUGUUUGAAAGAGAGAGAGAGAGAGAGAGAGAGAGAGAGAGAGAGAGAGAGAGAGAGAGAGAGAGAGAGAGAGAGAGAGAGA